AUGAUCAUUUCCAAUCCGAAGCUGACACCUGGAGAGGCCAUCUCAACCAUCCUUGUGGGGAUCGGCCUGGGUGCAGUGGCCGCGGCAUUUCCUGAGGUAAACCGCAGUACCUUUCAGAAGCUGGAGGACAUGUCUGCCAGGCAGUUUAUGCUGGUAUUCAUCGCCCCCAUCAUCUUCGCCGAAGGCUACGGGAUGAAGAGCCAACAGUUCUUCGACAACAUCACCCGAAUUUUGCUGCACGCGUUUCUGGGCACGCUGAUUUCGGCUCUUGUCGUGGCGGUCGCAAUCUUUUACCUUGUGCCGCUGACUGGAGCCUUGAAGCUGGAACUAGCGGAGUGCCUCGCCUUCGGAGCCAUGAUUAGCUCUACGGACCCGGUCACCACACUCGCCAUCUUCAAAGAGCAGUCGCUGGCAGAAAAGGGCCGCGGCCACCUCUACUACUCAGUUUUAGGCGAGUCUAUCCUGAACGAUGCUGUGGCUAUUGCCCUCUUCGGCAGCUUCGCCGACCUGGUUCGCUCCGGAGAGGUGAUCGACGCCGCUGUGUCUGCGAGGAUCUUUCUGAAUUUCCUGAAAGUCUUCGUGGCGUCUACGCUAAUCGGCGUGGCAGGCGGCUUGGCCACAGCCUUCCUCCUGAAGUCUGCACGGCUAGGAGCCGGUUCGAGUGAAGGUGAGCAUUUCUAUUUCAACAUCCCGGAGAUCGGAGUAGCUCUUGUUCUUGCCUAUGUGCCCUUCCUUGCGGCAGAGGCUUGCGACCUUUCUGGCAUUGUGGCGAUUAUGUUUGCAGGCAUUACGAUGCGCCACUACGCGCACUUCAAUCUGACGCAGGUGACGCGGCAGAUUUUCUUGCCGACGGUGGAGCUCAUAGCUUCCCUCUGCGAGACAUAUGUCUUCAUUCUUCUGGGUCUCGGGGUGUUUCUGCUCCAGGGCGCCUUUUCAGCGUCGCUGGUGAUUUGGUCUGCCCUGGCUUGCCUUCUUGGCCGCUUAGUGCAUGUUUACCCGCUGUCGUUCCUUGCAAACCGCAUCUCGACCGGGCCGAAGAUGUCCGUGAAGGAGAUGCACAUGGUCUGGAUGGCCGGACUGCGUGGAGUCAUUGCCUUCAUUUGCGCUCUGGGCUUCCCGAAUGAGGAUCAAGAAGCUGCGGCCGGGCUGCAAGGGGCCCGAAUGAGAACAGAAAACUUCCAGCAUGGCUUCAAUCGAUGCCCGGAAUCGUGUGUCGCAAGUUUUGCCGUCUUUGUCUUGAGUCACUCCUUGAGGUUAAUGACGCAAGAUGCUAUCACGGAGGAACAGCUGAAUCAAUUCGAGGAGUCCAGUGGCACUCUCGCCUCUCCGGCGGAAGCGGCCAUGGGUUGCAUGACAAGUGCUUCGGGGCCGCUGGGCCCCCGCUUUUCAGCGCCCGGGGCUGCAGGCGUCCGGGAUGCGGGCUUCGAUGGCCGCAUGGGCCGCCUGUCAGCGCCCUCGCGGCUGCAUGGCACGGGCAGGCCAGGAAACUGCGAAGCUGUUCCGGCUAAGGCUUUGCAGAGUCUUUGCAGUUUUGGUGAGUUGCUGACCAGUUAG